CUCCGCGUGAAUUUGUGACUUCUCUGCGUUUGCGUUUGGGAAUUCCGGUUUUUCCAGCACCCCCACACUCAGUCCGUUGUGUGUGCGGACAUGAAUUGGACAUAUUUGGUGACUAGGCGGCAUGAUGCCCUAGGUGACGUCAUCUCCACUGGUUACUCUUAGACAACUCCAAUGUACGUCGAGAACAACGCUGUUCCUCUCAUUCUAUGACAAGACCAGGUGACGUUUUCCAUCCCGACUUCUCCCUAGGCAAGGCUGCCUAUUUCGACAUUUCCGUGAGGAAUUCGUUCACUCCCUCUCACCUUAUUAAUGCUGCCAUAAAAGCUGGUGCUGCUGCUGAGGCUGGGGAAGUGGACAAAGAUGAACGCCAUCAUGCUAACGUUUCAAGUUAUGGCUGUUUGUUCUACCCUCUUGUGGUGGAAUCAUACAGAGUGUGGGCCACACGUAGUCUGGAGGUGUUGAGAUCAAUCGUAAAGAAGUCUCUUCUAUCAUCUGGCUUGUCUCUGAGGCAAGCUUCCAGGCAAUUUCAUGAACAGUUAUCUGUUCGUUUGUGGCAGUAUAACUCAAGAAUGAUUAGUGACAGAUUGGACCUCGUGAUUGUUGACUAUCUACCUAAUUAUUGCGAUAUUGCGACUUAGACUCUUUGUGCUUCCGUCCUUAGGGCCAAUAUGUGUUAUCUGUGUUAUCUGUAUUAUAUACAAAUAUA